GUCAGACGGAACGCCUUGACGUCGUUGAUUGAAGAAGAAGAGGAGGGACGCUCUGGUUUGUCCCUUCCAUCCACAGAAGAGAGUCAGUCAUGUCGUCGCAACUCUGUAAGCUUUUUGUCGGAGGGCUGAAUGUGGAGACAACGGACGAUGGCCUCCGCUCUUACUUUGAACAGUACGGAACCCUCAGCGAUUGCGUAGUGGUGAUGAACCAAGGCCUCGGCCGUUCCCGCUGCUUCGGCUUCAUCACCUACUCGACGCCGGAGGAGGCCGACGCAGCAAUGGCGGUUAAGCCACAUGUGAUCGACGGCAACAACGUGGAGCUGAAAAGGGCCGUAAAGCGAGAGGACGCCAACAAGCCCGAGGUCCUCGCUAAUGUGAAGAAGAUCUUUGUCGGAGGCGUCAAAGACCACAUGGAGCCCGAUAACCUGAGUCAAUACUUCUCCCAGUACGGUGUGGUGGAGAAGGUGGAGAUCAUCUCUGACAAGCAGACCGGCAGGAAGAGGGGCUUUGGCUUUGUCUUCUUCGAGGACACCGAUUCUGCCACAAAAGCGGUGCUGACCAAAUUCCACAACAUCGAGGGAAACCAGGUAGAGGUUAAGAAAGCUCUGACUAAGCAGGAGCUUGGUGGUCCAGGCGGAGGAAGAGGAGGAAGGGGGCGCGGGAGAGGGAUGCCGAACUUCGGCGGCGGGAGAGGAGGCGGCGGUGGCUUCAGAGGAGGCUACGGCGGCGGUAACUACGGAGGUGGUUACGGCUAUGGUGGGGGUUACAACAAUGGUGGUGGAGGAGGAUACGGGGGUUACGAAGGGUACGAGGAUUACGACAACCAGAUGGGUGGUGGGUACGAUAACGGUGACUUCGGGCAGGGGUAUGGACAACAGCAGGCCAAUUAUGGUCCAAUGAAGGGGGGCAACUAUUCCUACCGGAGCGGGGCUCCUUACAACAGAGGCGGGGGUGGAGCUGCAGCUCCUGGUGGUGGCUACGGCAGAGGGGGAUUCGGUGGAGGUUAUUAGAUCUCCAUCUACCCACAGUGGGAUGUUCAUUGGGAAAAUUCUGAAUUCAACAAACUUGAGACUACACAGACUCGUGGCGCAGUCCAGGUGGUAGUGCCGAAGGGCUUUUGUUCUUCGUGUAUGUUGUAAGAGACUGUGCCCAUCACCCACACAGAAUGAAUGAGAUUCUGACCCCCCGCCCCCCCACUACCUUCGCCCGGAGCCCAUAUGUCCUCUUCUCCAUCCACAACUAAUGGACUUUACAGUUAAUGUUAAAUAGUACUUUUGUUAUGUUCUUGGUCUUUUUUUAAUUGAUUAUAAAAAAACUAUCACUCAGUCACUGCUUCUCAUCUCCUAUUUUAAUGUCUAUCUUGCGAACCACCAUGCGUUACUUUUGCAUCAUAAACUCAGGGUUUUCCGUGGAGCUGGAGGCAGUGUUCGGCAGCAUGGAUGGGACUCGCCUGCUUGAGUUUCUUGAUCUUAAAAAACCUUGUUGCUUUUUUUUUUGAGAAAUUCUGUUCAGUUCUGUUGUUGGUUGUACUGUAAAUUAACAUUUCCCUGCCUUUCCCGUCCCAGGCAUAUAAGCCUUUGUUUAGAUUAAAACUGUUUGGAAUCCAUGUGUUCAGUUUGCCCAUAUGUUUUAUUCUGCUUUUAUUAAAGUUUUUAAUGU